CAUCACUUUACAUCUUUCAAAUUGGCUUCUUCUCAAACAAUAGGCGCAAAUAGCGUCCUUCUCUUUCAAUGUCUCUUCUCAAUUUAUCUCACAAUAUGAGUUUUCAGUCUCAAUCUUUCCACAAAACUCGAACAAACCGCUGUGUAAUUGAGAGAUUUAUUCUCUCUCGCUCAUUCUCAAACAAUCGUCGCCGAAUGUUCCCACAAAUCUCGAACAAUCGGCUGUGUAAUUGGGAGAUUCGGUCUCUCUUUCAAUUUCCAUGGCACAAAUUAGGGAGGUGCUUCAUCCAUGGAUGCACCCCACACUACAGAUCCAUGGUUCAAGGCUAUUCUUCUACAAGUGGGCUUUAGAAAUUGCAGAGAGAAAGAAAAGUUGCAGGUCAUUCUUCGUCCGUGGAGCAAGAACAGAAUGGUCGGCGUCCACGCAACAAUGAAAGAACUGCACAAGGCCUCCAAGCAUAGAUUCUUUAACCGCAAAUGGAACGGACGAAUGGGAAUAUUAGAGAAUCUUGAUCGUAUCCGUUUUUUAUGGCUUAGGACCAUGGAAUACGGACGACAGGUUAGUGAUAUUGAGGCUGCACUUAAAGUUGUUGAUUCCGUUCCGCAAGAUCUCUACUACACUGUCGCCGAGAUAUAUAAUCAAAUGAUCGUUAAAAGACCGGGGCGCAUUGACAAAAUUAACUUUGAGCGUUUCAAGAUCGCCUUGGAGGACAAAUUUAGAGCUCUAUAGCUGGGUGUCCAAGUUAUCGACGAAAACUACGAACCAAUUGAGAUAAGUGAUUCGGAGGAGGAUCCAUCCGAAGAUGAGGCGGAAUUGACGGACGAGUGUGAAGAUUAGUUAGUUUUUAUGAAAUAUUACAAUUCCCGUUCGUGUGUUUUAUUUAAAUAAGUGCAGUAUGGUUUCAUGCAUAGUUGAUUUAAUAAAACUUAAGAAUUU